GACCACAUCCGGCCUCCGUAAACAACACUAUAAUCAUUAGUGAGCUAAAUUCUUCACGUUUCCUGAUGCAGUUUAAAAAAUGAAAUGAUGUCUAUUUUCAGGGUUUCUAGACAUGGCUUUACAAGCCAUUCUUUUCCAUAAAAUAAGCUGCAAAGGGCAGUCUAAGACUUCAUGUAUUGUGCAUGUUCUAUAUCGCUUCAAGUUGCCUAACCUAUGAUAGUUAUAUAUACUUGGUUACUUUCGUAAGACGGAUUAUUGAGGAGAUUGAUGGGGCAGAUGUUAUUAAGAAGACCAUUAACUAGGAGAUAUAUUUUCUUCGAUUUCAACGGCAAAUUUGUCAGGUGUUUUUCUUGUAUCUCUCUUGGAACACCCUCUAUUGUAAUCAACUUCUAGCCUGAUCUGGUCACGGUUCGUCAUCAAAUAGCCAAGAUUGUAUAUACCCUGUUCAGCACCGAUAUCUGCCUUCAUUACAAUGGAUGCAUACGCAAAAGACCUCAUACGAGUGCUAUCCUUAGUCAUUUCAUUUUGUGCGAUUUGCUUCGGGAUUCCGGGGAAUGUGUUUGUAAUUCAUAUAAUAAGGAAGCAUCCCAGGUUCCGGACAGUCCACAACCUUUUCCAUGCCAGCCUCGCCAUGGCUGACUUGACGACGUGUCUGAUUGGGACUCCAUCGUUUCUAUUAGCUUGGUGUUUCAGUGCUGGAGACACGGCUUUCAGGGGUUUCAUGUGCACUUUAAGUGUCUCUUUGGCGACUACCUGCAAUUUGAUCAACAUAAUAACUUUAAUGAAGAUUAGUAUCGUUCGGGUCUAUGUCGUGUAUAAACAGAAGUACAGUAUGUCUAAGAAAACUGGUGUAUUUUCAGUAGCGGUCACGUGGGGUGCGGGAAUGUUAAGUUUCCUGGUAUACAUCAUCAAAGGCCCAGGACCCAUAGAGCACGCAUGCGCGGGAAGUACGGAAAUUGUUGAUGCUAUUGGGGAUUUGCCAGUUAUGAUAUUAUUCUUUUUCAUCCCUGCGUUGGCUUUUUUGGCAUUGAUGUGUAUAGGAUCCUAUGUAUAUCUGCUAAGACAGGCCAAACGCAUGCGUAAUCUAAUCCAUCCAAUCACAACAAUUAGCCAUAUCAUUCACAGUGGCCAUACACCCCCCUGGUGGGGAAAUGACCCAAAUGGGAGAGGAAGAUCAGGCCAAGGCGAUGACACUGACGUAAACACGGAGCCUCUCUCUGCAAAUUUCAUAGCCAACAUGGCCGCCACGAGUUCCAUUCUAACAAUGGUUUAUGUUCUGUCAACUCUCCCGACGAUUGUCUUAUCGGUAAUGCAGAUAUGGCAGACAAUUCCAGCACCUAUAGUAGAGAUGUGUUUCGUCCCUUUGUAUUUUUCCAUGUUUCUCAACCCUUAUAUCUAUGCCAGCAGAAACAGAUUUUUCAAGCAUGAAUUCCAUAAGUUGAUUUUAAAAUGCCUUCAGUGAAUUUUGUGGUCAAUUCUAACUUUGUGUCUUAUCAAAACCGGAUGUUUUCAUCAUAGGAUUCUUCCUGCAACAAUAUUCCCAUUUGCACUUUUCCAAAGUUAAUAAUUUUCGUAAACAACUUUCACACGUAAUGUGAAUUAAGCAGGCAACAGUAAAUCCUCAGUGAGGAGUGUGCGAAUUAUUUUAUCAAUAUAUGUGUACAUCAGUACAUGUUUGUAAGGCAGAUAAAGCGUUCCAGUCACACUGAAUCUUGGGCUGGCGUGCGGUCUAUUUGAUGUGCCUAUCAACUAUAAAGACGGAUGAUGAUUUUCAGUCCUCUUGUGCUGCCUGCUGUUAUACAGCCUGUCCAGCAAUUAGGGCGUCAUCGUGGGUUGCAUGCGACAGAAGAUUCAAUAGAGGCCGAAAUUUAAGACCACGGGUGAUCGAACUAUAGACAUAUGUUUUCUUAUGCGAACAAUGCCUGAACCUUAAAGGUGAAGUAAAGUAGGGGGAAUUGAGUUCAUGAAGCAGAUCAGUGUAUCACCAGAUCGGAGCCAGCAUGAUAUCCUAGAUCAGCUAAACGACACAUCCACACAUGGAAAGUAAUUGGUGUAUCAUAAGAAAACACACCUGCGGCCGCUAUAAAUAACAUGCUUUUAUCUAGGAAGCAUUAGCAUGUCGCACUCGUCACCGCAAGGCAAUAAAGAAUGAAACCCCCUACUUCACGCCAGUGUUCUUGGAAACCUUUCAUGAAAGAUGCUACAUCUCUCAAAGAAGUGAUGUUGCUAUAAGUGCAUUACACAGUGGAAUUACAUGUACCGACACCACGACAUUUUCCACGGGUUUCAGGCAGUCUCUUAAUGCAAGAAAGUGAAGACAUUUCAGACCAAGGGCAGACCUCACAAAAUAAUUUUGAGUGAAAAUUAAUUUCAAUUAAAAAUUUUGUGAUAUGGCAGAAAUCAACUAAAAUAACAUUGGAUCAAAAAUUAAAAAAAAAAAA